AUGACACAUAUAAUUUCGGAGCAAGAGUCAAGCAGCAAGGCACAACAUGGGAGCAAGAAAAGUCUUCGGCUUGCAUUACUGUGUGCUACUAUUGGUAUAAUAGCAAUAUCAUUUGUUCUGAAAAGUUCUUUGAAAUCGAAACUGAUACUUUUUUCCGAACACCAAUACAAAAAAGCUGUUUCAACAGCAUCCUGUAAACAAGACAACGUAUUCAAUCAUGAGGUAGCAAUAACGUAUUUUCCACAGAACAUACACCAACGUAUCUCCAAAUUUCGUUGCACAGGAUCAGAAAACGAUAUUCGGGCAUGGGAAGAUCGUCUCUGUGUGUUUUAUAAUACAUGUUACAAUCGAGAUAGUGGUCACUUUUAUUACUUUCGACCAUCUGGAAGCAAGGCUAAGCCAAUUUUUUAUGAUUCAGCCAAAGGCAUGUUAUUCGAGUUCAGCUUAAAUAAUAGCAGGACUGAGUUUGUAUCACUUGCACCUGAUGGACAUACCCCGUGGGGACCCAUUAUAUCAAAUGAAACAUAUCCAUCAGCGGACUUCACGAUACUUCAUCAAUUGCAUUCUCUAAUAAAAAGUCGUCACGCGCAAAACAGCAUAGCACAUGGAUUAUGGGAAGAUUUGGGAUCGAUUUCAUAUUCGAUGGAGCGUAUGAACAUAUUUGAUCAAAAACUAGUUAUUAUGCAUUUGGGUAAGAUUCCAAAUACGAAGCUGUUUAGUACAUACCGUCAAUAUGUAAUACCUGCGUUGACAGAAAAUGCUAUGGUAGAAUUCGAGAUUUAUGUUACCUCUUUCAAAACUAAGCACGUAUGUUUUGAUAGAUUAAUUGUUGGCGGUCAACUAAGCGUCUUUCCGAAACUCAAAAUAAAAGAAAAUCAUGGACGUGAAGCACUUUUUUAUAACUGGCGAUCCAAAAUUAUAAAGUACUCUGGAUUCGAUCCGAAUUUUCUGCCGAGAAAACAUCAUAUCAUAGUUACCAAUAAAUCGCAUUCGCUCUUCACAAAUUCUCAUUCUAACAGACAUCGUGCAAUAGUCAACUUGAAAGAAGUUGAAAUGUUUAUUAAGCUUACCUAUCCAACUAUAUCUUCUGAAGUAAUAGAGUGGCAUACUAUUCCGUUUAAGAAGCAAAUUGAGAAACUACUACAGACAACUAUUUUGAUUACACCAUGCGGUGGAGUGUCUCUAAUCAUACCAAUGCUACCACAUGGAGCUCAUGCAAUAGUGAUGGAUUACUAUGUUUCAGUAGCUGCCCAUGGAUUUCAUGCAGGUGAAAGUGGCUCCAUGGAAGGUGCAUUUUUAAACCAUAUAUCCCAUGUACGAAAGCAAUAUUACCAGGUGUACGGAAGAAGCGAUUACGAGUUUGAUUAUCCGGGCACGUCAGAUACCCGGGAGCAGGCAUCUACCAUAGUAAAUAUGACACGUCUACAACUGCUAAUCGAUAAAGCUUUAGAAGAAAUGGAACCCUAA